AUGGAUAUUAUAAUGAAUCCCAUUUGUGCGCAGUAUAACAAUUCUUCGUUACCUUGUUCUGACAAAAGACCUGUUGGGGUGCGCUUGGGGCUAUAUAUGUUUUUGACUUGUUCCAUCACAAUUACAAUCAUUGGGAACCUUGGCCUAAUUAUUUCUAUAGCUCAUUUUAAACAACUCCAUUCUCCAACUAACUUUCUUAUUCUGUCUUUGGCCGUUGCGGAUAUGUCUCUUGGAUUAUUUAUAAUGCCAUACAGCAUGCUACGAACUGUGGAAAACUGUUGGUACUUUGGAAGUUUAUUUUGCAAGAUACAUUAUGGCUGUGACCUUAUGCUUAGUGUAGUUUCUAUCUUUCAUCUCUGUACAAUUGCAAUUGAUCGUUUUUACGCUGUAUGUGACCCACUCCACUAUCACACUAAAAUCACCGUCGCCAUCAUUAAAAAGACGAUCUUUUUUUGUUGGUCAGCGCCAGUGGCAUUUUCUUUUGGAGUGGUUGCAACAAACAUGCAUGCAUCAGGCGUCGAAGGGUAUGAGAUUUUAGUAAAGUGUUUCAGUUUAUGCCCAAUCACAUUUAACAAAUUGUGGUCGUUUGUCGUAUUCUUUACAUGCUUCUUUGCCCCAGGCUCAGUAAUGGCUGGCAUUUACAUCAAGAUCUUUCUAGUGUCUCAGAGACACGUGAAACUCUUACAAAAGAUUUCUGGUAAUAUGAGUGACGUAUCGUCUGCUAUCUCUAAGAAAGAAGAUCGUAAGGCUGCCAAGAAAUUAGGCAUACUAAUGUGUGUGUUCCUAGCUUGUUGGCUGCCACUGUUUCUUACAUUUCUAAUAGAUCAAUUUUCAAACUUUUCUACCCCUGGAACAGUGUUUGAAGUUUUGAAUUGGUUUAGCUAUAUCAACUCAACAUGUAAUCCCAUACUAUAUGGUUUUCUCUAUCCGUGGUUUCGAAAAGCAAUGAAGCAUUUCAUUUCAGGUCAAAUUUGUUUCAAUGAUUCUAGUACAAUUGACUUAUUUCGACAAGGAUAG